AUGGUGGGCGACGCCUCCGUGUCAUACAUUCUAUACUACGUGUAUACGUUUCUUCAGUUAUUCAGCAGUCUAGAUUUCAUUGCGAAUUGCACUCAAGUGCUCUACCGUUUACAAACGAUCGGUGAUGAACUACAAUAUCACGGUCGGGAUACCAGUAAUUUGUCCGUGUUGUAUGGAGAAACUGUAGAUGAUGUUUUAAUAAAAAAAAAUCAACUCAAGACAAAUUCUUCGAGAGCUGUGGCUAAACCCAUUCAUCGACAAAAUAUAGUUAAUAUAGUUACGGGAUCGUAUAGAUGCUACUUGUUAUUAAUAGACCAGAGCUCCUAUAUCAACAAAGUCUUUGGCUUCCGAAUUUUAAUAAAUUGCAUUAAUUUUCUAAUACGUUCAUUAGAGAACAUUUCUUCAAUAAUCGGACUACUAGUUGACAGACGAGUAGUCCGACAUGGCACUGAAUACUUACCAAUUAUCACAACGAGCAUAUUAUGUGUUUUUAACUUUUUAGUUAUUUUCUAUAUGAUACAUAUAUGUGAACAGAACUACAGGCAGAAUGAAAGAAUCAUAGAUUGCAUUGACCGUGUACCGGGGGACGUACAAAUGGCCGCGAAGUUCGACACCAAACUAAGAUGUUAA